AUUCACACAGUACUGCAACACUGCAAUAUUGAGUAUUGACGAUGCAAGAUACUCUGCUGCGAGUGUUUUUGGUGGGUCUGGGUCUCCUUAUGUGUCCGAAGGAUGACCCCGGGGUGGAGGAAGAAUUGGGUGAUAUCAUCACAGUGGGAAUGCAAAAGCACGACGAGAAGCUGCUGAGGGAGGAAAAGAAACUAGACCAGGAAAUGGCACCUGUCCGUGAGAAAAUGACACAUAAUGACGACUAUGAUGGUCACAAAUUACCAGAAGGGGGACAUUUUAUAGCAAGUCCAGAGUCCAGAAGCGAAUCUGGCCAUGAGCUAGAGGGAAACUUACGGUUGGACGUGAGGAGUAAACAGAGGGAAGACAUUCAGACUGAACCAAUCAGACCACAGGGGCAACAACAAAAGCCAGAGGAGAUGGAAGACUUCAGCUCCAAAGAGGAAGCAUCGUCUCUGUCAGAAGGCCACAUCAAGGUGUCAGAAAAUGAAACAUCAGAGAAGGUUAUCACUGACUCGGGGGAGGAUUACCUCUGGUACAUAUGGAAUACAUUCUCCAUUAUUUCCAUGAUCCGCUUCUUCAAGAAAUACUUGAGAAAAAAUUCCCAGAUGAAACAAGGUGAAGCCAGGACCUCUUUCUCAGGGACCUGCAUCGCUGGUGAAGUGUCACUACCCGACAGUGACACUCUGCAGAGUUUUCAUUCUAAAUGUGUUCAAGCCUCAUCCAAUAAGAAGUGGAGGGAGGAUGAAUUUUUGGAAGGGUUUGCUACUCAGAUGGUGGAGACCAUGAGGGCCAUCUGUGAUAGAAAUGGAGGUAUGGUGAUUGGGGACUGUCAGAUGUUGGAUGCAUGUGAUAUAAUUGUUCCCAUCACCCCGCCUGAGCCUUAUAGUUUCCAGUACCUUCUCAGGAAUAACCAUGUGAGUGACCUGCAGCUGGAUAUCCCAAUCUGUGGUCAAAUAAAAGUGGUGGAAAAUAAGAAAAUCCAAAAUGGCUGCCCCUGCCAGUCCUAUGAUGCGGAUGAUGAUAUGGUUUGCCUGCUGCAUUGUGAAAAUGACAAAGUAAAGACAAAAGCUACUGAUGUUUGCGAUGGUAUGCUUUGCUUGAAGAACACGCCUUUCCUGUCAAAAUCUCAGGUUACCAGGUGGUUUCAGAGCACUAUCAAACAAGCAUGGGCACUGAUUUCAUACAAGUAUGAAUUUGACCUCAGCAUUCGUAAUGUCGAUGCUCCGGGUGCUCUGGUUGUUCGAUUCAGAUCAGGGAAGAAGGUUAGCUUCAGCGUGAAUCCUGUAGUUAAAUUAAACACUGCUGCUCAUUUCUACAUCACACCUUGUUCCCCAAACAACUUGGACACUUUCUGGACACUCUCCCUGACCAUCUACGAAGAUCAGCUCUUAGAAGGCCUCUCUAAACGGCUGCCUUUAAACUCCUGCCACAGUCAAACUCUUGAAAUUGCACAUUUCCUUCACAAGAGACAAACAGCACUGUCUGGAAUUAGUGCGCUCAAGGAUUUUCAUUUCAAAACUGCACUAAUGCAUCUGCUUCUGACCAAAGACCCAUCACAGUGGAAACCAAAUGACGUGGCUUGGAGGCUACGAGACUUACUGGACUUCAUGGAGAGAAGCCUAGAGAAAAAGCUCCUGCACCAUGUUUUGAUUGGAAACCCUUUAACCAAGAAUAUUAUUCAACUCCCUGCUGAGUUUACUCAAGCAAAGCCAGUUAAUCUCUUCCAUCCCCUUGUGGUACAUGACUGUAUCUGCAGAAAUGCUCUGAUGCAUUUCCAGGAAAUGCUCAGAAACACACACAUGCUGAUACGUGAUUAUGUUGAUAAGUGUCAGCCAUUUGAGAAAAUGUAGUUUUGAAGUCUUAAGUGUAGAGUUUAACUUAUGGUUUUAAUCUCUUUACCCUUACAGCAAUGAGUGUUUUAUGACAUUGAGCAAUAGAAACAGCAAGUAUGAGAAAGCCAUUUAUUUAAAAAAAAAAUCUAAUCAUUUCCACAUGAUUUAUUUUAGUAGUCAUGCUCCCAGUAGUUUACAAAGUCUCUGUGCUCUGCCAUGUCGGAGUCCUCCAAACUGAAUGUGUCAGCGUCAAGCGAUUUCAUCCGAGGCUGACCAUCCACAUUUCCAUCCUUGCUGCUCACGUCAACCUUCCAAGAGUGACUAGAGACGAUAUUACUGGAAGCUGUUGAUAAAUCACAAAUCUUAUUUGAGGAAGAGUAGCUUUGAGCCAUUUUUGUCUGAAGAUACUGCAAGAGUGUCAAAUAAUGGAUAAGCAGUUUGGACUUGUAAUACUGCCUGUACAUGACAGCAAAAUGCUUCACAAGUUAACUGAUGUGCAACAAGAAAAUCACAUGUAAAACCACUGCAUUUCAUACUAAUGGCUUUUGUAGUGACUUUCUGUAAUGUGUAAACAAAAAAGGUGGAACCUUACCCCUGGGCUGUGCUGAGGGGCAAGUUGAUUCACAGCAGGUGCACACGGAGUCGUCACCGUAAAGCUCCUUCCACCUAAACCAUUAACAGUUUUAUUAGGUCUUCAAAUGUCAGCUGGCAAGCAUGGCGAUAAACACACACCGCGGGCAACAGUACUCAAAAUACCACCAGCUGUUGAUAAAAGCUUAGUUGUUUUGUCAAAUCCACAUGAAACCUUUCAUCCUGCAAGACCUUCAAAAAGCAAGCUACUGCAACCUGUGGGUGUUCACCUUCAGAGACAACUUACUUUUUGGUCGCUGGAUCAUAAUUACAAGCCUUUGAAGACGGAGUUGGAGUAAGUUUCCCCUUUGAGAUCUCACAGUGCAUGUAGAGUUGCUGAAAGACACUUGAUUUCAGUGUAACAGAUUCGACACUUUGACAGUACACAGCUCUCAGUUUACUCUCAGUACCUGUGAUGAGGAAGAAGGGGAAACCAUGUCCUUGAAAAUGAGGGCACCCACACUGAACUUCUGGGCCAUCUUUGAGGCACCACUGAGGAACUUCGACUGUACUGUCACCUUACCAUCAAUCAUGCAGCUGCAAUUGAAGAGCAUAUGCAUGUUAACUUUGAACCAAGUGAAGAGUCCAUUUUAAUUCUGAACCAAUUCAAAUCUGACCCUUGGUUGUCAAUGGCGGUAUAUUUAGGACUGGAGUUGGGGUCUUGGUUGGCAGUCAUGAAGCACUUGUUGAUGUACAACCUCUGAUCUCCAGAAGGUGCAGUGUUGUCAGGUUGCUUGGCCUCGAAGUACAUUGGCUGGCCCAAGGUGUAUGUUUUGGGACCCGUGAUUUCAUUCCCUGAUGCUGAAGCAAAGAGAGAAGUUAGUCACUGGGCAGUUUUAGACAAAUUAAGAGGGCUGCCACAUAUUCACCAUU